AUGCGGAAACACAAUAACAAGCAUGAGGAGGCUCUCAGCCAUCAGAGAAUGAUUAUUGAGAUCCUUCAGAGAGAUAUUGAUUCCAAGAAUCGUAUAUUAACGGAGAUGGAGCAUAAACAUAGAGAGACACUUGCAUGUGUGCGAAGACUCAUUAUUGGGCUUGUGGAGAAUAUAAAUUGCAAAGAGAGAGAUCUGCUUGAAACGGAAUGCAAGUAUAAUGAAUCAAUGCACAUGGUUCAGAAGUUGAUGAAUGAGAGAGACAAGUUGCAUGAAAGAUGUCAUAAAGAUUCACAACAGGAGAAAGACAUGAAUGCUAAUAUGAAUCGUGACAUAGAAUGUAUAAAGAAAGAGGAUGGACAGAUUAGCAGGGAACGGGAGGAGAGUAAGGCCCUAAAUGAUCUACAAUCAAAUAACUUUAUUGAGGAGAUUGAAAAGCUGAAAACAGAGUUAGGAGGUCAGAGUCAUGCAGGAAGUGGUGGCGAUUGGAACAAGGAAAUUUCUAGUUUUAGAAAUCAACUAAAGGACAAAAUGGAAUACUUGGAGCUUGUGGAAAACCUUUACAGUUCUUUAGUAGUUAAAGAGCAGCAGUAUAGACAAGAACUACAUGAUGCUCGUGAAGAAUCUAUAAAUGUAAGAUUUCAUCCGUCCUUAUUCUACCACACUGCAGUGACAUUCUGUAAUUGA